GAGUUGUAGGCGGGACCACAGUGGGCCUGGUGUACAAGGUUUGGUUGCAAAGAGCUUUCACACGGCGUGAGGUGAGAGACUACAACCGAGCAGGGGACUCCUCAGGACGGAAACCACCACACCUCUCCAGCCUGCCUCUCUCACUGACUGCUGGAACUAUUCACAAGUGGACACUUUAACUUUACUUUUACUUUUUUCACCGACAUGGAUUCAGAAAAGACCUAAUUUGGAGAUUGUGAGUGUGUCAGCUUCUGUUGUUACUCGUGCUUGUGGAUUUCUGACGAACCCUGAACCCACUACUAAAGUUUUUACGCGUGGAAGUUAACAAAAACAUCACAAAAUGGAUCAAGCCAGUGGAGGAGAUGACCCUAACAAACCGUCGAAAAAGAAGUCUGGGGAGGAUGAGGGCAAAAAAAAGCUGAACAUACACAUUAAAACAUUGGCUGAUGAUAUGCGCGAUCGCAUUACGAGUUUCAGAAAAAACACUGGCAUGAAGAAGGAGAAACCUCUCAUCCAGCACCCGACAGACCCCCUCCCCACCCAGGCCGAGCUGCCCGUGCCCCAGCCCCUCUUCGACGACCGCUCCAUGAACCUCUCGGAAAAAGAAAUCAUCGACCUCUUUGAGAAGAUGAUGGAGGACAUGAACCUAAAUGAGGAUCGCAAAGCCCCUCUGCGUGGAAAAGACCUGAGCACCAAGCGGGAGAUGGUGGUCCAGUACAUCUCAGCCACGGCCAAAUCUAUAACUGGGAGCAAAGUCGCGGGUGGACUGAGGAACAGCAAGCACGAGUGUACCCUUUCAUCCCAAGAAUAUGUCCACGAGCUGCGUUCUGGCAUCACUGAGGAAAAGCUGCUUAAUUGCCUGGAGUCCCUUAGAGUGUCUCUCACUAGCAAUCCUGUCAGCUGGGUGAACAACUUCGGUCAUGAGGGGCUCGGUCUUCUUCUUGAAGCCUUGGAGAAGCUUUUGGACAAGAAACAGCAAGAACCCAUUGAUAAACGGAACCAACACAAACUGAUUCAGUGCUUGAAGGCUUUUAUGAACAAUAAGUAUGGGCUGCAAAGGAUCCUGGGAGAUGAGCGCAGUUUGCUGCUGCUGGCCCGAGCCAUUGACCCCAAACAGACCAACAUGAUGACCGAGAUAGUCAAAAUCCUCUCAGCGUUCUGUAUCAUCGGAGAGGAGAAUAUCUUGGAUAAGAUUCUCGCUGCCAUGACGAUUGCUGCAGAGAGGAACAAUAAAGAGAGAUUUGCCUCCAUCGUGGAAGGGCUGGAAAAUCACGAGGCCCAACAGCUUCAGGUCGCCUGUAUGCAGCUGAUCAAUGCCCUGGUCACUUCCCCUGAUGACCUCGACUUCCGGAUACACUUACGGAAUGAAUUCCUAAGAUGCGGCCUCAAGAAGAUCCUGCCGGAGCUGAAAGAGACUGAGGAACUGGACAUUCAGCUGAAGGUUUUCAAUGAAAACAAGGAGGAGGACUCAAUCGAACUCUCUCACCGGCUCGAUGACAUCCGCACUGAGAUGGAUGAUAUGGAUGAGGUGUACCAUCUCCUGUCCAACAUGGUCAAAGACACGGCCUCAGAAACAUACUUCCUGUCCAUUCUACAGCAUCUGCUACUCAUCAGGAACGACUAUUACAUCAGGCCCCAGUAUUACAAGGUUAUAGAAGAAUGUGCGUCUCAGAUUGUCUUGCACCGCAGUGGAAUGGAUCCUGAUUUUGGCUACAGUAAAAGACUGGAUGUUGACUUCACUCAUCUGAUUGAUCAGUGCGUGGAUAAAGCACGGGUGGAGGAGAGCGAACAGAAAGCUGACGAGUACUCGAAAAAGUUUGAUGAGGAGUUCAGUGCGCGGCAGGAGGCUCAGGCCGAAUGUCAAAAGAAGGAAGAGAAAAUCAAAGAGUUGGAGGGAAAGAUCCAAACCCUGGAGUCUCAGGUUGCGGCAGGUCCAGCAGCUGGAGGAGUUCCACCAGGCCCCACUGUCCCGGGUGGUGCUCCUCCACCACCCCCACCUCCUCCACCUCCCCCUGGUGGCUGUCCUCCUCCUCCCCCUCCUCCUCCCCCUCCACCCGGACACGCAUGUAUCCCCCCUCCACCACCACCUCCGCCUGGAGGAGGACCCCCACCCCCUCCACCUCCUCCUGGGUGUGGAAUCCCACCUCCUCCACCCUUUGGUGGCCUGGGUGGGCCUCCUCCUCCACCAUCACUACCUGUGGUCAAACUGCCUUACGGACUGGAGGCAAAGAAGGUCUACAAACCUGAAACUGUGAUGAAGAGAGUCAACUGGACAAAGAUAGUGCCUCAGGAAAUGGCAGAGAAUUGCUUCUGGAUCAAAGUCAAAGAAGAGAAGUUUGAGAAUCCUGACCUAUUUGCUCAGCUCUCCCUGUGCUUCUCGUCUCACAGUAAAGUUAAAAAGGACACAGCGGAUGAGACUGACAGCAGAAUGCAACAGUUCAAGAAAAAGGCAAAAGAGCUUCGAAUCUUGGACAGCAAAACGGCACAGAAUCUUUCUAUUUUCCUGGGCUCGUUCCGCCUGCCUUAUGAAGAGAUCCGGGACAUUGUGCUGCAGGUGGACGAGGAGCGGCUCAGCGAAUCACUCAUCCAGAACCUGAUAAAGAACCUGCCCGAGCAGAAAGAACUGAGUGCACUGGCCGAGCUAAAGGGAGAAUACGACGACCUGGUGGAGUCGGAACAGUUUGGCAUUGUGAUGAGCUCCGUGAAACUCCUACGGCCGCGUCUUAACGGCAUCCUGUUCAAACUGACAUUCGAGGAGCAGGUCAACAACAUCCGGCCCGACAUCAUGAGCGUGACUUUCGCCUGCGAGGAGGUGAAGAAGAGCGAGGGAUUCAGCAAGCUUCUGGAGCUGGUGCUGCUGGUGGGCAACUACAUGAAUGCGGGCUCCAGGAACGCGCAGACCUUUGGCUUCAACAUCAGCUUCCUCUGCAAGCUCCGAGACACCAAAUCCAUCGGUCAGAACACAACGUUACUCCAUUUUCUGGCUGAGAGGUGUGAGGAAAAUUACCCGGCAAUCAUGAGAUUCCCUGACGAAUUGGAACAUGUGGAAAGCGCCAGUAAAGUAUCGGCUGAGAUCCUGAAGAGCAGUUUGGCGACAAUGGAGCGACACAUCCAGAGGCUGGAGAAUGACAUCACCAACUUCCCCAAGACUGAUGACCCACAAGACAAGUUUGUUGAGAAGAUGUCUGGUUUCUCCAAGCAUUCCCGGGAGCAGUACGAGAAGUUGUCCACCAUGCACAAGAACAUGCAGAAGCUCUACGAAAGCAUCGGCAACUACUUCGCCUUCGACCCACAUACCGUCAGCGUGGAGGAGUUCUUUGGAGAACUGGCUAACUUCCGCCUGCUCUUCCUGGAAGCCAUGAAGGAGAACCAUAAGAAGAGGGAGAUGGAGGAAAAGAUCAAGAGAGCCAAGCUGGCGAAGGAGAAGGCUGAGCGCGAGAAGCACGAACGCCAGCAGAAGAAGAAGCAGUUGAUUGACAUGAACAAAGAGGGAGAUGAGACCGGAGUGAUGGACAGUCUAAUGGAGGCUCUACAAUCCGGAGCGGCUUUCAGAGACCGGAGAAAACGGACACCUCGUAACGGUGAUCAAAGUCCUUCAAGUCCAAGCUCUCGGUGGCCGGGUGCUAACUAUGGUAACCGAACUCUAGACAACCGGCGUGCAGUCCUAGAAAGAUCCCGCUCACGACACAACCCAAACCACCAAGCUCGAUGAUCGCCCGCGCCUACCACCGGACGCUCGACAAGUGCCAAAGAGGCCGGCAAACAGGCGCACACCUGUACCACCAUCUUCACCAUAUCUGACCCAGGGGGCGCUACACUGCUCUGCUUAAACCUUCACCAAGCUGCAGGUUCCUGUGGGUUGAAGAAACUAUACCACAGACAUUACUAUUUCAAGCCUUACAUAUUUAUUCACUUCUUCCUCAUCACUCUAAAAAGAAAAAUUAACAGACCACAGCUCUCACAAGAUUUCAUGAAUUUUAAUUUUUUUUUUUUUUUUUUUUGGUCAAAGUCUGGCCAUUCUAACCUAAUCCAUUUUUAAUCAAAGUACUACGCAAUUUGGACAUAAAAACAUUCUAGGGUGUUGGAAUUUUAAAAAAUGUAAUUCAUUUUUUCAUUUUAUUUUUGCCAAGAUGGACUGCGCUGUAAUGUAAGCUAAGAACACACUGUACCGUCCUUAGCUUCAGCUUGGAGGUGGCAGAUGUCUGUGAAGUGAAUCAAAAGAUAUCAAACGCUGUGCAUGUUUGCAACCCGCCGACGAUUCCUGUUUACUCCUACUUUCUUUAUAACAUAGUCUCCAGGCGAACAGUUUAACUUUAGCAUUCUUUACAGAUCCUGCAAAGCCACAAGAAUGACCCCGGAUGACUUAAACCCUCCACUGUAAUCUAUAAUGGCAUUUUUUUUGGGAAUAUGCAAAUGGUGUCCUUGAUUGCACUCUCCUGACCAAAAGCGUAUUAUUCCUGCUCGCAAUUGCAUGACCUUAAACCUACGUGGGCCAUUGUUAAAAUAGAUUCUCAAAAGCAUAUUAACGUGCAUUCAUAUGUGCAGAAAUAAUACACAUUUUCAAAAGUACUUUCAUCCAAUUUAAGGGAUUGAGAUGUAAUAAAACAACAAUACAAAUGUCCCAGAUAUCCAUACAAUAUGAAGACUUUUGCAUUGCACAAAGAAACAAUUGAUCAUCUUUCAAAUAUGACUGUAGCCGUAUUACUUUGCUUUUGUUUGCCUCAAAACAAAUCUUAUUUUAGAAAUGUAAAACCCAUUUGGGAAAAAUCACUCAAAGUACUACACUUAUAAAACUACUACAAAGCGGCACAUGUACUGACAGAAUCGAUGCGUUUUAUGGAGAGUUUCUUGUAUUAAUAUCAACGCUAUAGACGACCAUUGAUUUUAGCACUGAAGGCUUGUGGGUACAGACAUCUGACGCUAUAAUUGUCUAUAUAAUGUGUCUGCUACUCACGCAAAUUUAUCACACAAUCACACAAUUUAUGAAUAUGUCAACAUGCGACAAUUUCAUAAAGGUUCACUAUGUAACUUUUGUGAUGUUCUGCAUGUAGAUAGUAUUUCCAUAGUAACACAGUAUGGGAUUAAACGUAUCUAUCUUGUGUUCAUUCAAUUACAGGUGUUUUAUAUUGCAAAAAAAAUACCUGGUUUGGUGUCCGCUUAGAUACAUGCAUUGAAUUUCAUACUGUGGAAUAUUUGGUUUGUGCAGUGACGUAUCCAUGGAGACAACCAGGUGUCAAAGCCUUAAACAGAAAAAAAUUGCAUAGUGGACCUUUAAAUAAUGACGUUGGUUUAUCACAACAUUCUAUGAGCCAAUAAUGUUCAAUACAGCUAAAAUGAGUAUUGUUAAAAUCGAGAUAUUUGUUGUAAUACAGUGAGUUCUUUGGUCUAGUCAGAUGAAACGAGCAGGUUCAACAUUUGUGAAUUUACCUUGUGGAUAUUUCAUGUUAAAGUUGAAUGUAAUCAAUAAGGAAAACUGUCUCUUGCCUCCAUCUGGGAGUAGGACAACACACAACAACCCACUCUAGAAUCGGAAAAACGCCAAUAUCCUAACACAGAUUUUGAAAUAAUAUGAUGUUGACGUGAUGUGGAAUAAGAACGGAUCAAUGUAGACCGUAAAAAUAACAGAAUUUUCAAAGUCUGGGCUUUCAAAUAAUGCCAAAUUUCGAAUAAUAACAGCUUAUUAUCACAUUAUUUUGUACUUUUUAGAAUGUCAAAGCUAACGUUUUUCUUUCUAACUACACAAAAUUAAUACAAAAUCUUACUAUUCGCUCUUUAUUUCAAAAUUGAACCAGAAUUUUCAGCAAGAUUUACAAAAUGUUUCACAACCACGCAGAAAAGGAAAAAAAAAACAUCUUUGUGCCAAGGACCCAGUGUCAGACAGGCCACUCUGUAUUAUUCAUAUAUUCAUGCCAAGGGUGGUUUUGUCCCCUCACUGCCCUAAAUGUAAGCAGAUGCUCCACUAAACAAGCUCAACUCACACGCUCACUGAAUACAAGUGCACAAGACCACAUCUCCAAAACUGCAGUGUCCUUUAACUAUAGUACUUUCUGUUUAAUCAUGUCAUAACUUUGCUUUAGGCUGCUGGUUUAACGGCAAGCGGUAAUCACAAAGAGACCUAAUAGGAUUCCCUGCACUAGAAUUCCGGAGACCUGGAAAGACGAGAUUGUGUGAUUUUUAUUCCGACCUUCUGCAAAACGCAAUUUAACACAUCAUCUAACCCCAAGGUGCAUCCCAAAAGAUCCCAUAGACGUAUUUAAGGGAGCGAUCAUUCUCUUGCCUGGUUGUGCAAACGGCUAGUCAGUUCCAUUAUUAUUACGCUUUGUAUUGGGUUGUUUUCACUCCCAAACUGGUUCCAGAUUUUCCCAAUAUUUUGACCGAAAAAGUAUUACACCGUCAUUUAUCCAACCCACCGUUUUCCAAUUUGUGCCAAUUUUAUUUUGUUUUUAUUUUAUAUAUCAAAGGGAGAAUGCCGGUUUCCUUGUGUUAUAAUUGUACAGACGUUGUUUUUAGCCAAUUAGGAUCAUUUUAAGGUAGAUGUGGUUUUAAAGAGUAACUGUUGUGGUAUUUCUUUUGUAUGAAAAAAAAAGUGUAUAUGGAGUUUUUAAAAUCCUUUUUGAUGACCCCCUUGUAGAUUCAUAAGCUUUGAUAUACACUGUAAGUCAUUGUGGAAGUUUAUUGAUGUUUUUAAAUGCAUAUUGUGCACUGAUCAGACUGAUAAGACUGAUUUUAGUUAGUUUACUUAUUCAGUUAGUAGUAUUAGUAGUAUUAAAAUAGGGCAGAUAGACGUUCAUGUACCUUAAACUAAAUGCGCUGUAAUAUGGUUGCAGUGUAUGACAUUUACACAAACUUGCCUAUGUUAAAAUGAUGGAGCAGAAACACCUAAAAGUGCUCUUUAAUUCUUUAGUAAUGCUAUAUGUUAUAUGUAAUUAUGUCAUUUACAAUCAUUACUCAACACCAGUGUUCGGGUUUUCCUCAUUCGUAUUUCUGAAUCUUAAAGGUUUCAUAUUACACAAAAUGGAUUCUUGUGAGCUUUAAGUCAUGUUAUAAUGCUGUUACCUUAUCAAAAACAUACCUCGAGUUGUGUUUUGCUUCAUUCACACAUGUUUGAGUAAACCUUUAUUAUUAGUCUGUCUAUAUCUCCAAAGCUAAAAAUGCUUUGUUCCACCUUGUGAUGUCACGUAGUGGUGGUUUUCAAGUGAACAGUUUCCUUUUACCUUCAGUAGAGAUUGGCAAUUCCUCCAAAUGAUUCUAGUGAAGGUGUAUGGAGUUUAAAAACACAGUGGAGCACUUCCUGUGUUACCACAUGAUGACAUCACAAGGUGGAACAGAGUGUUUGAGAGAGGAACACAGCCUAAAGAUGUGUGAAUGAAACAAAACACAACUCCAGGUCUGUUUGUGAUGAGGAAACAACAUUAUAAGAUCAGAAAAUAGAGUAAACCUGCUGGAAUCCACUGUUUCAUGUAACCUACAUUUAAACUAGUUUCACUUUAACCUCAUUAUGACCAAAUCGAAGUCUCAUACACAUAUCAAAACACUAGACGUUUUUACAGUUUUAUCCACCCAUCACACAUAAUACACUCAAUUUUAUUUUAUUCAUGAAAAAUAUAUCAGUUUUAUUUUUUUACAAAUAUAAUUUCCUCCAAACCAGUGCAGCUACCUUACGAUAAACCUCCACAAUGACGGCCAUCUUUCCUGUAAGUAAAGUACGUCCUCUCAUCAUCUUUUGUGUGUGUUUGUUCCUGCAGCCUGUCCAUACACCGGGGGCUGUUUUUAGUGUAAUUAAGGGUUUAUAGUGAGAGGCUAUGGCCCCCUUGUUUUAGGAUUUUGAACUAACAAACAUGGAGUGGGUCAAGGAAUCAUGGUAACUGUGUAAAGGAGGAGGCAGGGGUAUGCGAGGUUUCAUUACACAACUGUCGAGGUGCCAUUUUGGUGUUGACGAGUGGCUCAAACGGAUGGAAUUUUGUACUCAGCGACUGCACACUUUACCUCAUUCUGCUUAUUUGAAAAAAAAAAAAUGAAAAAAAAAUAAACUGUACUAACUAGGAACUAUUUGCUCGCGGUAAACAGUUCCCAGCUGCCACCGAUUCUUCCAAUUUCCAGGGUGCUUACUUUAUUGAUUUAUUUUGAAUAGCGACCAAUUGUGGCAAAAGCAACGACACACAGCUAGCUAACAUGAAACUGUGUGCGACGCGGCCAUAUCCCUGCCUAACUCCGCCAUCGUCUCUAGAAACAUUUAUAUUUGUAACGUUUAAAGUUUAAUUUGUAUGCUUAAAAAGAAGCUGGUUAUGCACACUGUCCUUCCAUAGAAUAUGUUAUGGAUUAUGAUACUAAACAAUAACCACUUUGUUAUAUAAACUGAAUUCUCAAAUGUAAAA